ACGGGACUUGGUGAAGACGAAUUAUAUAGGUACCAAAAGAAUAAUUCUUAUCAUUUGCUGUUGAGCGAUCGAUCAGGCAACAUGAAGGUGUUUGUGUUAUUUAUGAUAAUAUGUUCGAGUAAAGCAAGACAACUUAUAACUCUAGACGAAACCGAAACAUUAUUCAAAAAGUACAUGUUGAAUCAGUUAACCGAAACCGAAACUGCUUCGUUGAAGGAAAUAUUUGAAUUAUUGUAUAGACAUGAAUCCAUAUCGAGUAGGUCACUUGAAAAUAGUAGUGCCGCUAGACUGAGUCUUGAUUGUAUAGUAUGUCGCAACAUAAUAGGUGCACUAUUUCAAACUAUACGAGAAGGUCAAACAGAGGAAGAAGCUACAAAUGUCAUAACAACAUUGUGUACGUCUUUAAACAUCGAAAAUUAUAAUGUUUGCAGAGGAGCUGUUGCAUUGAAUAUGCCUAUAUUCGUCCAUAUCAUCAGGACUGUCCCCGAAGCAACGCCACAAUCAUUUUGUAGUUUAGUCUUACAAUCAGCCACCAAUAGCAAUAUUUGUACUACUACUGACCCACGCUUUGAAUGGGAAGUGCAAUUGCCCGAUCCGCCUGAAUUUGUGAAUACGCCAGAAAUAGAUCCAAAACCAUUGAGAGUAGCCAUAAUCACAGAUGUACACCUUGACCCACUUUAUGAACCUUUCGGUGUUGGAAAUUGCGAUGAGCCUACAUGCUGCAGAUAUGGUCAAACACCAGCUCAGAAUUAUUUAUAUAGUUCUAACGUAGAUGAGUCUCUUUAUAACAGAAGUAUUAUAUAUUUAGAUGACGAUAUUAUGCUAGACUUAAGCGUAGCAUCUGAGAUUAAACGACAGAGAAUGUCAUCACGAACAAGAUAUGCAAAUAGUCGAGACACGGCCCCAGCAGGCUACUGGGGUGAUUACAGGGACUGUGAUACACCUUUGUGGGCAUUUGAUGAUACCAUUGAAACUAUUGCAGAGACCCACAAAGGUAUCGACAUGGUUUAUUAUAUUGGUGAUACAAUUGAUCACGGUGUUUGGGAGACAUCAUAUGAACUUAUAAACAACAUGAACUUAUAUUUAAUAGACAAAAUUAGGAAAACGUUUGGGGAUGACGUCUUAGUCGUGCCCGUAAUUGGUAAUCAUGAAGCUCAACCUACAAACCAAUUCGCGCCUUCAAGCGUCACGGGCGAAAAAUUGAAUACAACAUGGCUUUACGAGGCUUUAGCAAAAAAAUGGGAUCAUUAUUUAACUGAUGAGGCAAAAGCAACAUUGCUUGAUCGUGGUGAUUUUUCAAUAUUGGCUAGACCGGGACUUCGGAUUAUUUCACUAAAUAACAAUGUUGCAUAUAGAUACAAUUGGUGGAUAGUGUAUGAUCCCUUGGACGCCAAAAAACAUUUGGAUUGGUUAGUCGAGGAGCUGCAAAAAGCUGAGCAAGCUGGCGAGAAGGUACAUAUAUUGACACAUAUUCCACCUGGAGUGCAUGAUCUUACAUAUACUUGGACGAGAGAGUACAAUAGAAUUAUUAACAGAUUUUCAGCAACCAUUGCUGCUGAAUUUAAUGGACAUGUUCACUCGGAUGAGUUUAAAGUAUUCUACAGUCUUACUGAUGGUACACCUAUAAACGUGGCAUGGGGCGGUGGAGGUGCUACUACAUAUAGCCACUAUAAUCUCAAUUAUAAAAUUGUCGAUUUCGAUUCUAAAACUUUCUUGCCCCAAAAUAUUGUGAAUUAUAUAUACAAUAUAACAGAAGCUAAUCUUACGCCACAUCUCCGUCCACAUUGGUUCCAACUCUAUGAUAUGCGGAAUACAUUUGGACUUGCAGAUCUCUCAGCGGCUUCCAUUAAUGAUUUAGUAUAUAGAAUGCCAAUUGAGACUCACCUCCUAGAUUUGUAUUCAGCAUUCUUUUCAAAAUUAAGUGACAAUCGGUGGCCAUAUUGCAAUAUUGACUGUAAACUUAAUAAUAUGUGUAAAAUAGUAGUCACUGUACUUUGGGAACACGAAAGAUGUGAUGAAUUGAGAAACUUAUAUUUUUUAGCCAACUAAAUGUUGUUUGUAUAUUCAAAUAAAAUCUGUUUAAAUAAAUAA